CAAAAUAAAUAGUUCGGUACACAGACCCCCAGACAAAAAGUUCACAUGCUGGGCUGGACAGAACACCACACCGAGUACCUAGAUAGCUAACGUUACGAGGAUUGGGCGUAGUCCAAAGACACCUAAAUUGGGCUUCGUCACAUCUUGAGGAGAAGGUGCCUUAAACCAAAUACGUUUUGAUAGCCAAACGGCGAGAUAAAUUGCUCAUAAUGGCCUCGGAAGAGCUUUAUGAGGUUGAGAGAAUUGUGGACAAACGGAAGAACAAGAAGGGAAAGAUGGAGUACCUGGUCCGCUGGAGGGGGUACGGAUACGAGGGGGACACCUGGGAGCCCGAGUCGCACCUCUCCGCCUGCAUGGAGUUCAUUCACCAUUUUAAUCAGUCACACGGUGAAAGACCGAGAGACGGCACUUUACUGCGCUCCACUCAAAGCUCUCCCAGCACAGUCCACAGCCACAGUUCAAGCAACAACGCCCGCAAACAGAUCUGCAGGCCUCAGCCACUCUGUGGCAAUAGUGGUGCAGGAAGCCACGCUCUAGUGAAACCCGUCUCUUCGCCCGCCACAGCAGCUACGGCCGUCUCCAAACGGCCGCAGCAACCACAGUUGCCACCACUUGACUCCAAAACGGACACACAGCAGCUUAUAUUGAGCCAAAAGUACAGUGAUUGCACCACCUGUGCCAUUUCUAGUCCCAACUUCACAAAUGGGCCUGCGGCUUCUCCAGUGGGCACGGCGCGUCGGAACAUGGACCUGGCUAAGUCUGGGAUCAAAAUCCUGGUUCCCAAAAGCCCCAUGAGCAGCUGGGUGGACUCUGAAGAGUCGCCCAGCGAGGCGGCCCACAGUCUGGAGCAGGGGGGUCAGGAGCAGGACUCUGUGCCCCCAGAGGUGGCCCUGUUGGAGAAGCCUCUGGGGUUGUUGCUGGGGCCUGGGGAAGAAAGGGCACGCAUGGGGACUCGGCCCAGGACUCAAAGCCAAAUCCCAUUGAUCCCUCAGCAAGUGCCCGUAACACCCGCAUCCAUACGCACCCUCAAUGGGAAAGGUACAUCGACACUCAUGGAGGCUCUGGCAGUCAAUGGGACAUCUAACCUGCAGAGUGCCGUGGCGCGAGUCACCACUGUCUCCGGAGUGGCGGGGAAACGGCGCUUCGAAGAGCAGCGCUCGGUCUUCGACAAGCGCCUUCGGUUUAGCGUACGGCAGACGGAGAGUGCCUAUCGCUACAGGGACCUCGUCGUCAAGAAGCAGGACGGCUUCACCCACAUCCUGCUCUCGACCAAGACCUCGGAGAAUAACUCACUCAACCCCAACGUGAUGAAGGAGAUACAGAGUGCCAUGGCCACAGCGGCAUCAGAUGACAGUAAGCUGGUCCUACUGAGCGCCGUAGGCAGCUUCUUUUGCUUCGGCCUGGACUUCAUCUAUUUCAUCAGGCGGCUCACCGACGACCGUAAGAAAGAGAGCAUCAAGAUGGCCGAGACCAUUAGGACAUUCGUGAACACUUUCAUCCAAUUCAAGAAGCCUAUCAUCGUAGCCGUGAACGGACCGGCCGUGGGCCUCGGAGCCUCCAUCCUCCCGCUGUGUGACGUGGUCUGGGCCAACGAGAGAGCCUGGUUCCAGACGCCUUACACCACCUACGGACAGACACCCGACGCCUGCGCCUCCAUCACCUUCCCUCGCAUCAUGGGCGUGGCCUCGGCCAAUGAGAUGCUGCUGAGUGGGAGGAAGCUGACGGCCCAGGAGGCCUGUGCUAAAGGGCUUGUCUCCCAGGUGCUGUGGCCCGGGACUUUCACUCAGGAGGUGAUGGUUCGCAUUAGGGAGCUAGUCUCUUGUAAUUCAGUUGUCCUGCGGGAGUCCAAAGCACUGGUCCGAAACGCAAACCGGGCAGCCCUGGAGCAGGCCAACGAACGCGAGUGUGAGGCGCUGAAGAGAGUUUGGGGCUCCUCGCAGGGGAUGGACUCCAUCCUCCAAUACCUGCAGAAGAAGAUAGAUGAGUUUUAAGGAAAGCAUGUACCCUCCAUGUUCCCAAGCCCUAUUCAGUGGGGGAACCAGACAAACAGCACUGGGAGUGCAACGGGUUCAAUCUGCAAUCUGUGUGAUGAAUUGUGUGUGUGUGUGUGCCUAUUGAGAUGUUGCUGCUGGACCUUUAAGUCUUCCUAGCAUCCUGGUGACCAUGUGUUGACCCUUUACCCAAUAACCCCCGGCCUUCGACCCUUUAUCCCAUUGUUUCCCAACCCUGGUCCUCCAGUACCCCCCCAACAGUACACAUUUUUAUUGUAAUCCCUAGACAAGCACACUUGAUUCAACUUGUAAACGAAUCAUCAAGCCAUCAAUGAGUUGAAUGAGGUAUGUUUGUCAAGGGCUACAACAAAACUGUGUACUGUUGAGGCUACUGGAGAACUAGGGUUGGGCUGUUGAAGGUACUAGAGGACCAGGGUUGGGAAACAAUGUUGGGGGGUACUGGAGAACCAGGGUUGGGCUGUUGAAGGUACUGGAGGACCAGAGUUGGGCUGUUGAAGGUACUGGAGGACCAGGGUUGGGAAACACUGUUGAGGCUACUGGAGGACCAGGGUUGGGCUGUUGGAAGGUACUGGAGGACCAGGGUUGGGAAACACUGCUCUACCCAAUAGCCCGGCCCGCCCGAAAUACCAUUCCACAUUACAGGUUCAACUAAACGUGGCCUAGAUUGAAAGGGAUGGAGGGAUUGGAGGAGGUGAAGACAUUGAUGAAUACACAAAAAAGUGUCUUGCAUAGUGGGGUGCCUGUCCUACUCACCUCAGGAUUGAUUUGGGUGGGAUGUUGUAUCAACAUGGACCAGAAUUUAUGACACAACAAAAGUGCACAUUGAAAACUUUGACAAAAACCUAGGCGACUUUCCAUUGUGGAGCCUGCAAUAAGAUGUAACGCUCUGAACUCUUGGGAAAACAGCGCAGCCCAGUGGAUGGGAGGCUUAUUGGAUUCUCCAUAUUGACGCCUGUAAAGCUUUCCAUUCAAAACAGGACUUAUAGCUAUUUGAACUGAAUAGAGGCCGUGAUUAAAUUAAAGGCGCGUUGUUGAGAAGUGUACUGCACUUGACUUUAAAAGGUCAUUUUAAGCUUGAGCCGUCAUCUGUAGCGUUCACCAUGAAUGCCAUCUUCGAACAUCAGGGAAAUUGCCUUUUAAAAGAGUCAUUGUCAACAGUGAGUGCCUUAUGAACAGCACGCCUUUGAUUUAAUCCAGGACAGAGUCUGUCAGAUUAAUUUUUAACACAGCUCCUGACUGUAUUUUUACUUUUUGUCUAACUGAUAUCUUUUGUAGAUAUUCCACCCAGGUCAUCUUAUUUGGCUUGGGGGACUGUAUUUUCCACCGAACAGUUUCAAUGGUAAACAUAAUUGUUAUGUUUUAAGUUGAGACUUAUUACAAUAUAAUUUAAUUAAAUAUUCCAUCCAUGAAACAUGCAAGGGAGAGACAAUUACAAGAUUCUGAUACAAUGUUUAUGAAUGCAGUUGUGACGAGCCUAAGGUACAUGGUUCAAGGCUCCGUUGUGACGAGGCUAGGGUACACGGUGCAAGGCUCAGUUGUGACGAGGCUAGGGUACACGGUGCAAGGCUCAGUUGUGACGAGGCUAGGGUACACGGUGCAAGGCUCCGUUGUGACGAGGCUAGGGUACACGGUGCAAGGCUCAGUUGUGACGAGGCUAGGGUACACGGUGCAAGGCUCAGUUGUGACGAGGCUAGGGUACACUGUGCAAGGCUCAGUUGUGACGAGGCUAGGGUACACGGUGCAAGGCUCCGUUGUGACGAGGCUAGGGUACACGGUGCAAGGCUCCGUUGUGACGAGGCUAGGGUACACGGUGCAAGGCUCAGUUGUGACGAGGCUAGGGUACACGGUGCAAGGCUCAGUUGUGACGAGGCUAGGGUACACGGUGCAAGGCUCAGUUGUGACGAGGCUAGGGUACACGGUGCAGUUGUGACUAGGCUAGGGUACACGGUGCAGUUGUGACUAGGCUAGGGUACACGGUGCAAGGCUCCGUUGUGACGAGGCUAAGGUACACGGUGCAAGGCUCCGUUGUGACGAGGCUAGGGUACACGGUGCAAGGCUCCGUUGUGACGAGGCUAGGGUACACGGUUCAAGGCUCUAGCUAAAAGCAGUGCCUUGUUCUUUACUCCAUUUUCUAAUGACAAAAUGUGUGUUCUGAUCUGAAGUGAUUAUCAGUGAGAAUAGCCUUUAAUCUUACCACUCAGUACCAUGGAUAUAGGACUUUUGCAGCUUCAGCAUAUCUCACCCUGUUUUUUUGUUGUUGUUGCAUUGAGAAAAGGUUACUUCUAAAAUGCUGUGGAGGCAAAAAAAAAACAGAUGUACAGCUUUUGAGUUUGUAAAACAAAAACGUUAUUCGCCUACAGUUUGUUUGUAUUUUUAUAUAUGAAUUCUGACUUGGCCAAUGUUUUGUGGCCUCACCAAUCAUUUGGCCAUAUUCCUUAUUUCACUGGAUUUAUAAAAGUAGCAGAGCUCGGGGUAACAGAUAACAUCGCCCAAUAUCUGGACAACUGCUGUUACCUUCGCCUAUUUCCAUAAAGAAUUAUGGAAAAUGUCAUUUAUUUAUAUUGUCUAUGAGUAUUUAAAUAUUUAAAGUGGAGAUGGUUUGGACAAAAGUAGUGUCUGUUUUGAGUCAUUGGUCAUGUUUAUUUUUUUUUCCACAGUUGAUUUUAUUUUAUUGAAAUGUGAAGUAUCUUCUUCGGGCAGUCUACUCGUGGACGUAGUAUGAUUUUAGUUAGCACUUUCGGCUCUAGUCUAUUACAGCCCUCUUCACGAACUUCGUCAGAAUUCAGUUUUGGCCUUCGCGCAUAGAUGUAUAAAACUGUUAAUGCCGCAACUGCACCUGUCGUCUUGUUUUCUUAGCAUAUUUUUUUUCUUCUAGAAG